UUCUUCUGGCCUGUCCGCCAUGUAAAGUUGCCACGGUAGUAUUCCGGUUACAGAUGCAUAUGCUGAAUGGAGCCCUUCUUGCAUUAUUAUUUCCAGUGCUGAAUACGCGAAUGCUGCCAUUUGAAGUUGAGGUCUAUUACAUCCAACACAUCCUGCUUUACAUAGUUCCCAUUUACCUACUGCGGAAAGGAGGGGUGUAUACAGCAGAGCCACUCUGUAACUUUUGGUGGGCAAUUCUGGCAACUGGACUCAUGUUUUUCUACCACUUCAGCUUCCUACAAAUACUAGGCUUGAUGACAGAAGUAAACCUGAACAACAUGUUGUGCCCAGCUGUGUCUGACCCCUUCUAUGGGCCGUGGUAUCGUAUAUGGGCAUCGGGACACCAGACCAUCAUGACCAUGAUCCAUGGGAAGUUAAUUGUCGCCUUGUUCUCCCCCGGGGCUCCGCGCUUUAAGUUCCUGGUGGACCUGUUUCCUUUUUCAGGAAAGAAAGUGGAUUGAUAGGCCACUACGGGAGUGGCACAGCUUCAACCUCUUCUCAGCCAAAACUAAUUGUGCACAACUGGCAUACAGAGGUUAAAAGGGCUACCAACCCUUUUGUUAUGAACCAGUGUCAAGAACUUCCAGUUGCCUAAAUAAGUGACCUUACGGAAGGGGCCAGAGUUUCAAUUGUGUUUUUUCACUUUUAAUGAUUUCUAACAAUUUUGCUGCCCUAUGAGCCAAACUGCACAGUAGGCAGCAUUAGGUGAACAUGAUAUGAGGGCUAAGGUGGCUGUCUAUCUUUGCACAGGGAUCCUUCUGACCUGGAUUCUAGUUUGGGAGUGCAGUCUGUUACAAGAACGGAUGUUUUUAUUUGUAAUUAUGGGGAGUUCGGCACAACCCAUAGUGAGUCACUUGGCUGUCUAGACUGCGGGCCUGCAGUGUGUCUUGUUAAAUCAAUGCUGAUCUGAUUUAAAGGCCAUCUGAAUGAGUAAAGUGCUAAUGGAUCUAUUUUCCAUAACUGU